AUGCUUUCGCACUACAUAGCAUGCCUAAGCGGCUUCAUCUCAGCAGCUUCAACGCUGAAUGUAGCUCCUCAAGGUUCCAUCGCUAUCGUUUCAGAUACAUCGACAUCUUCAUCGAACCUCUUCGAAUUGCUCUCGCCAUCGAAACAGUCCAUAUCCUGGUCGAACAAGUCCUUCACUCCUGCCCAUCCACCAUCUCUACCAGCCAACUCUUCAGCACUCAGAGCUCCAGGUCUGGACGUCGAUAAGCCCAUAUUUUGGGAGAUAACACCUAGCGGUAACGUCAUAGGGUUACAGUGCAACGUACGCUACGGCCGUCGAUUAGAUUUCCGGGACUGCAGAGACGCAUACAGCUACAUCCAGCGAACGAACGAAAGAGUCUCGCGGAUAGCACAGCGAGGCAGUGGAUUGCCUCAAGAUAUGGGACUGCCGCAGAGAGCCUUGGGAAGCAAAGGCAAAUGCCGCAUCGAUUCAGAGAUCAUAGCGCCUUACGACACGGCACGUGCAAGCCCGAAGAACAUCGCUGAAGCGAGUUAUGCGUUGAUUGAACGGUGUGCACCGAGGUCCGGGGGUAUUGCUAUCAAUAUUGGCGGAGACAAUCACCUCGCUGUCCUGCUGCAAUCAUACACAUCUACCGUCCGCUGCAAGGACUCCGAUGUACCUUGGUCUCGCGAAGCAUGUGCAAUGAUCCAAGGGGGCAUGAAGGCCGAUGACAAGCAGAGAUUGUUCGGUGAUAGCUUCCUGGACCCCGCAGUUGAAGAAGAUCUGCCCUUAGAACUGGUGUCAAGGGACGAGAAGUGUGUGCUUAAGAUCUUGAGUAAUGCUCCAACGGAUACCGAGAGUUGGUAUCAUCUAUGGGAGGUUUCGGUUGCGCUGAAUGCGAUCUGUGUCAGAGCGGGGAGGAGGGGGACUGCUGAUCGUCUUGGCAUGCAUGGGAACCUCGUAAUGGAAAUCUCAGACCAACCCUUCGACUCGUUGGCAGGAGUUGUCAACGGUACAGCUGUAGGUCGGAUCUAG